GAGAUGGUUGGUCGGAUGCUCGGUUUACGGAUGUGUUCCUUUCUUUCUUUUUCUUCUGUUUUUCUUCUUUCUUCUUUCUUCUUUUUCUUUUCACCUUCUGAGUUUCCUCCCCCUCCAUAUCCACAUCAUUCUCUUUCUUUCCCGUUCUCGUGGCGGUCGUCGUCUUUUUCUUCGAGGUUCACUGUCUCGCAGUCUCCGCUUCACGCUUCAACGGAGUUGUGCGAAGGCUCAAGGGAACCCGAUUUAGAUCUGCCCUCUAGCGUUCGGUGUGGGUGGUGUGAGCGAAUGAGAAGCGACGCAGCGAUGGUUGGGUGCCGCGUAAUCCUCAGAAUUGCGUACUCCUACCCCGAAGGGGGAUAGGGCUUGGGUGGGGGUAGGGUUGUUACAUACGACCGGCGGCGGCGGUGGAGGAGGUGGUGGACGAGGAGAAGAAGGACGAGGACGAGGACGAGGAC